AGUUAAAUGUACACAGCAAGCUUUGACACUAGUUCUGAAUCAGUUCAGCCCAAGUUUUUUGAAACAUAAACUUUUUAUGAAGCUGUAGUUUGUUAUUUGCGUUCAUAGACCAGGCUGAUAUCUUCUUCAAAACACUCGAUUAAGUUAUGAUUACAUUGAAAUAAUUACAAAGGAUUUCCUUUUAAUGACGACUUUUAAUUAUGCGGCCAGGACAAAAACGAGGAAGUGAACACGAGUCGUUGAAAAGAACUCAUAAAGUCUGUGCAUGAAAUCCCGCGAUUUCAUAAUCAAUCGCUACUGAUAAACGUACAGUUCCAAGUACUUCAACAGUUUGGUAAGAAAUCGAUCGAGGAAACGAAGUCUUAAGCAACAUGGGUGAUUCUAAUAGCGCUUCUAAAAGUUUUGGUCCUAGUUUCACAGCGUCCCAGCCAAGUGCCGUCUCUAUUGCUUUACAAACCGCAGUUCUGAGCCCCACGUUCAUAGCAAACUUCCUCGGUAACAUUUCUGUUUGCCUGGUUAUUUGGGGCACGCGUUCCCUCAGACAAAGACCAAGCAGUUCUAUUUUGGCCAGCUUAGCAAUGUCUGACUUCUCCUUGCUGUCGUUUCUCCUCUUCCGUUUGAUUUGGCUGUACGAUUUUCAAGCAGUAAACAAAGCGUGCGAACAUUUUAUAGUGCUGUUUAUAGUACUGUUGUACGUCAGCAUUGGUCAUAUUUGUCUUCUCAGUUGCGAUCGCUACAUUGCUAUCAUAUAUCCUCUGAGGUACACUGAAAUUGUCACCAGAAGACGGGUGACGCUAGCCUUGUUGGUUGCCUGGGGUGCCCCUGUGGUUUCCACGGUGGUUUUGCCUCUGUGUUUUGGUGGUGGAGCCCACUCUCAGUUUCGAACAAGCCUGAUCGGUUGCUCUGAGUCCACAGGCGAGCCACCCUCGUUGUACAAAGUUCAUCUCGCAUUCAACGGCACCCUGUUUCUGGUGAUUCCAUUUGUGGUGACGAUUUUCGUCUAUGGCCAUGUCGCCAAAAUCUCUUGGUAUCAGAGCAGCCGAGUUGAACCUGGCGAAAACCUGAAUCCCGAAACUGCUGAGUUAAGAAGAAGGAAGAAAAAAGAGAUGAAAUGGAUGAAGACAAUAGGUAACCAGAGCUUUGUUAGUCCUAACGGUACACUUUAAAUUCACUUUGCUAUUAUUCUAAGUUCAUUUUUGGUCACUUUACUCUGCUCCGAGUCGUGAUUCGUUUGUUGU